AUGAUGGACGCCUGUGAAGAGACUGCCGAAGAAGAAGCUUCAGAGAUCGACACAAUUCAACUUCAGCUGAAGAUUAAAUGCAGCAGGAACCCCCGAGCUAGCAAAGAUUCCUCUGACCCACGGGAACUCUAUCUCAACCACAUGGUUUAUUCCAAAGAUAUAGAAUGGGUCCCCAUUGGAAACCAGGCAGAUGUGUUUGCAGACUCCCGUAUCGGACCUGUGCACGACGACAUCCUGAUAGCUCAGCUGCGACCGGGACAGGAGCUGGACAUCGUCAUGCACUGCGUAAAAGGAGUCGGAAAGGACCAUGCCAAGUUUUCUCCUGUGGCGACAGCCAGCUACCGCCUCCUCCCAGAGAUCACCCUGCUGGAGCCGGUGGAGGGCGAGAAGGCGGAGCGCCUGAAGCGUUGCUUCUCACGGGGGGUGAUCGACCUGGAGGACGUUCGGGGAAAGAAGGUGGCCAAGGUGGUGAACAGCCGCCUGGAUACGUGCAGCAGGGAGGUUCUCCGGCACAGCGACCUGAAGAACUCCGUAAAGCUGGGGAGAGUUCGGGACCAUUUCAUCUUUACUGUGGAGUCGACGGGCAUCCUGCCUCCUGACGUUUUAGUCACAGAGGCCAUCAAAGUCCUGAUGGGGAAAUGUCAGAGUUUCCUCAACGAGAUGAACACUGUGGAUAUGGAGUAAACUAUCUAUGUUCCUGCUGUGCUCCGAUUCUUCUGACGGCAUCGGGUUCUGCUCUGGAAGCCGAGCUUCUGGGCUGCUGCAGUUCCGGUGGCUGCAGAUGACCUCUUUUAUUUUGUACACCUUAUUUUUGUCCUUCUGUAAUGUGUUUUCCUCUUGGAGUUCUUCAUGGAGACGCAUUGUUCUCCUCCCACGUCUCUGAGUUUAGGAUCAGAUGUUUGUUGAUGAAAUAAACAAAAGAAAAAGAUGCAAUCGUCGGUAUUUGUUCUACUGGAACCUCUGCAGCAAA